AUGGCGCGUCCAAAUCCGAAGAGGGAUGAGAAGAAGAAGUUCAGCUGGGUGAAUGUCCUCGAAACUCUCUAUGACGAUCUCCCACAAGACUACAGCAUCCAAUGGGCCUCCGGUGUUGAUGAUAUCCUCAAGGACUUCAAGCGAGGCUCGAUCCUACGCAAGCAUCCGGUAACCUUUGACCGAGCCAUGCGCGUCUCUGAUCUUGCCGUGGUAGAGCAUGGAGUUCGUUACAUCCACCGAAAGAGUGACAUCACCAAAGACCUUUUGAGUGACUCCAGUGACUCGAACGUCUAUCGGACUGUGAAGAUCGAAGGGCUUCGACAGCACAUUGAGGCCAAAGACAUCUUAUCCUACGUUCGCGGUGGUGUCGUUUUCUCUGCUGCUGUGUAUGAUACAGUGUCUUUGAUAGGUUCGUACACGGCAAUCAUAAUCUUUGUUGAGGAGCAAGGAGCUGUCAACUUCUUGGACAGGGUCCGCCGUCAGGGCUACUUCAUUCCUCUUGAGACGGUUUAUGUCACCCAAAUCACGACCCCGACUUAUCCAAUCCUUAGAUCCCUUCACGACCUGAUCCAUAACAAAGACCGACGUCGCACACUCGUUUUUAACGACUGUGAAGAGACUACCGAUACUGUCAAGACUCUCAAGACGGGAAUACAUCGGUUCCUGUGCAAAAUCGAUCGUAUCGAUCGCUUUGAGGCCUUCGGGGAGAAUGACCCUACUGGCCUCCUCUCGGUUCGAUUCGUCUCCAUCGCAGCUGCUAUUGACAUCCAAGUCCUUCUGAAGAGGCACCCUAACUUUCACAAAUACAGCCCUACCUUCGGUAUUGACCCCUGCGCACAUUGA